AUGAGAGUUAAAGCAUUGCCGAGCUAUGGCUUCCAGAUGGGCGAUAUGAGUGAGCACGAGGAGUGGAUGGAAGAAUGUUCCGGACGACGAGUUGGGCGAUCUCCAGCUUCUACCGGAGGUGCUGGACCUUCCAUACAGGUUAGUAUUUUUCAGUAAUG